UACAGGAAAUAUUUGUUUUUUUUCUAAAAGCCUAUAUCAGUUGUAGAAACACAUCCAUAUUCAUGUAACAAUUACAAUGAUAUUAAUGAAUGUGUUAAUUUCUCACUAUUUCAUUUUUUUUCUAUUGUAAUGUCGUUUAAUUUGUUAACCUUCCUACACAACGGAUAUUAUGAAUGUAUAACUGAUAACUACUAAUUUUAACACAACAAAGUACUAUAAGGUUGUAUAAUGCACUUUAUAACACAAGUUGUUUUGGAUCCUGGAUGGUGAUUGGUUGAUAGCAGAGAGUUCAAAUCAAACGUUAUUUGUCACAUGCGCCGAAUUCAACCUUACAGUGAAAUGCUUACAUAUAAGCCCUUAACCAACAAUGUAGUUAAAAAUAAAUAAAUAAAUAAAAGUAUACUAAUAACUAAAGAGCAGCAGUAAAAUAACAAUAACGAGGCUAUAUAUAGGGGUACCGGUUAGUUGAGGCAAUUGAGGUAAUAUAUAGAUGUAGGUAGAGUUAUUAAAGAGACUAUGCAUAGAUAAUAACAGAGAGUAGCAGCAGCGUAUGGGGGGGGGGGGCAAUGCAAAUAGUCUGGGUAGCCAUUUUAUUUGAUGUUCAGGAGUCUUAUGGUUUGGGGGUAGGUGUUUAGAAGCCUCUAGGACCUAGACUUGGCGCUCCGGUACCGCUUGCCGUGCACCACAGUACCCGGGGUAUGCCUGUUAACAGUUUCAUUUGAAUUGUCCCAGUUUGAAUUACUCCGCUCCGUGUCCGGCCAUAGAACAGCCUUUAAUGGGGAGUUUUCACACGACAAUCCCCAGGUUCUCAUUGCUUAACUGUGCAUUUAUACGCCGUAUAUCGUCCUCGUGGAUCGUGGCCUACUGCUGCUGGGGAAAAGCACCUAAUACACUAUGUUUUAACUUUACUUUUUCAAAAUCAGUAGAUGAGGGCCAGCCACGUCGGAGAACAUGGAGCUCAGAACUUCCUCCUAACAUGUCCACUAGGACCAGGAUAGUGCUGGUGGGGAAGACUGGUGCCGGGAAGAGUUCUUCAGCCAACACCAUUCUGGGGAGAGAUGCCUUCAGAUCAGCUUGUCGUAUGUCAUCUGUCACCAAAGAGUGUUCUAAAGAGACAGGAGAGGUGGGAGACAGACAGGUCACCAUAGUCGACACACCUGGUCUAUUUGACACAAAUCUGCCUGAAUUGACAGUGAAGAGAGAGAUAGCCAAGUGUGUCAACAUGUCAGCACCUGGUCCCCAUGCCAUCAUAGUUGUCAUUAAACUAGGUCCCAUCACCAGAGAGGAGAUGAGCACAGUACAGAAAGUUGAGGAAAUGUUUGGGAAAGAUGCAGAGAAGCACACCAUGAUCCUUUUUACCUGUGCUGAAGGAGGGAUUGAGAAAAUGUUGGAAGAGGCAAAUGAGGAAUUCAGGAAAAUUCUGCGGAGGUUAGGGAAUAGAUAUCAUGUUUUCAACAAUAUGGAAAAAAGUGACCGUACCCAAGUGCUGGAACUCUUUGACAAGAUAGAUGAAAUGAUUAAGGCAAAUCAGAGUAGCUACUACACAAAUUACACAUAUCAACAGGUAGUCGAAAUGCUUGCUGAUAGGGAAAGGAAGGUCAGGGAUAUCUUUGAGAAGAAAAUGCAGGAAAAGGUGGCGUCAUUACUAGCUAAAUACGAGGAAGCUUUGAGAGCACUGCUGUUUGAAAAUCUAACUCUUGAGGAGACGGUCCUGGAGAAGGAAAACAGAAUCAGAGAGCUGGAGAGAAAGCUUAGGAUCAAUAGAGACAGGGACCUGAAAGAGACAAAGCGCUACUUUGCUGCUUUACAAAAAGAUGUACCACAGCUUAUUGAACAGAUCCCAGAUUUUGAGAAUUUAGAGGGUUCGAUUAAGCAAUAUGCAUAGAAGUUGCCUAAAUCUGGAAACUAAUGGAUUGAUUGAUUUUAGUAUUUAGCAUUUUAUCCCCAAUUGGAUCCCCAAUUAGCCGCUGCCAGAAAUACAUAAUAUACAUAACUAUGGCUGUUACGGUGACUAGGCAGUUACGGGUAAUGGCCACAGUCAAAUUCCACAUGACCGUUUAGUCACGGUAAUUAGUCUUCUCCAAGCUCUGGUGCUGCUGCUUGUCAUUAGUAGUCUACCAAACUUGCUAACUGCCUUGUUCUCAGCACUCUAUUGUCCCUCUAAUCACUCUGACAUCAAUACAAAUGUAAUGGAAAAUCUAAUCAAACACUUCAUGGGAGCUCAUGUUGCUCAACAUUUCUAUAGGAUAUGCAAUUGCGUGAGAAAACAGAGUGAUGGCCUCUAUCAAAAAAGAGGAGGAUCCCAUCAGCUCUCUAUACAGUAGGCCUACUGUAUUUAUUUCUUAACUUCUUUCCUAAUAUUAAGCACAUUGCUUCUCUUUACAACAGGAGUAUAGCCUACCUGGCUGGCAUGAAAAUGAACCACGGGGAAAAGCGGCCUCCAUUCGCUAUUUAAGUGCGUAGAUGACAUAUAUUUAUUCCCCUUGUUUCGAUUCAGGUGCCUGAUAAUGGUCCAUUCUAAAUCAAAAUACAUUUCACACAUAUAUCAUUUAGUAUAUGUAAAGAUAAGAUUAAAUCAAGAAUAGUCUGAUGGGUGACAAUAUUAGCCUGUCACAUGUGAAUGGUGUAUUAUCACUUGAUGCCCAGCUUGUGUUCAGUAAGGCAAGAAACAGAGCAUGCCUUUUUUUUUCGACAAAUCAUAGUUGCAUACCUCAUGUAGCCUAGCCCACAGGCCUAUAUGCUCUGAUAAGAUUUGUAUCACAACUAAGUGUCCAAACAACUUCUUAAAAUUAAGCAUAUUAAAUCAGCUUUACAAGGGGCGUAGAGACUAACUGGCAUAUAUACGCAGCAUGUGAGUUUCAAGUUUGGGGAAGAUAAUUUUCACCAUAAAUAAAUGCACCUUUAUAAUAAAUGCAUUAUCUGCAUCAUUACGUUUGUGGUCACUGAUGAUAAUAGUGUUUUCCUGCUAAUGGAACAUUCACUCUUAUAUCCUACUACCAUGUGCGCAUCGCUUAUAAUGUGAAGAAACUAAUAGUUUAUCAACAUUUUAUGCUAAACGUUCUGAUCUGUUGCAUCGGCCACAUUGCGUAAUUUUUUGUUGUUGUUGAUGCUAGUGGUUGUAUUAAUUUGGGAUCUAUCGCAUUCCACAACUGUCCCAGACUAUGUUUGCAAUAUGUCUUUCUCGCACAGAAGGACAAGUUGACCAAUGGAAUAGGUCGACUUUUGUACUAUGGGUGUUAGUAGAUUGACAUAGGCUAGAGCUUUUGCUGUUUGUUUGGCCUACUCAUCUUGUUGGCUGACGAAAGUAAAUGUGCACAGUUCUUCCAAUAUCUUCAAUAUGCACCUCGGAAUUGGAUAAGGAGGACGUGUGCAGUUGUGUCACCGAUGUGUCUGUCUUCACUUGUAGCCUACUUCUUAGGUGAGAUGCCUAUGAGAAGGACAUGAUCACGUGAUUGGCUAAUAAAAAUGUAGAUAUCUGAGAGAGCCAUGUGAGUGAGAGGUGCUUUGGAACACAGUGAUUGGCAGCCGGAAGAUUAUAAUAUAAUAUAAUAAAUGAUAAAGAUUAUAAUAUUCAGCCCAAGGGCACAACGGCCACUGGCCACAAAAGACAUGGAUUUGGGGGCGUUACGGCCACACGAGGGAUUCUGCCAGGAAAUUGUCAAAUUGUGAAUGAGAGACUGAUGAAGUGUGUGCAGCCUGUGCAAAAAACAAUGAGGAUUUUUACUCAUUACACACGUCAGAUCAACAAAUAUUUUUCACAUCUUCGACAUAGGAAUCACUACAAAACCUAUUUUAUGAUCACAUAUACGCAAUUUUAGGUCCAGUCUUUGCAACUUUGGUUUUCCUAGACAUGGAUAUUAUAUUAUGAUCACUACAUCUGAUGGAUCUGAAUAAUCUUUACAGGAAUGUGGUUCUGAAUAUAAACAGAAACACCUCCACCUUUGACAUUUCUGUCUUUUCUGUAAAUGUUAUAACCUGUUGUACCUGUUGUACCUGUUCACUGACUCUGAAGGAGAACAACUCAGUGGUCUAUAGGAGCUUCCUACUAAGGCUGUGACAGUCAUGACAUUUUGUCAGCCGGUUAUUGCCAUGCAAAAUGCCUCAGGCUGCACAGCUUUGUAAUAAUCAUUCAUGCAAGUAUGGUUUACUGUACUGGUAUGUAUAUAUUGUUUUUUAGGGUAUACUUUUUCAUAUACUGUAUUUUGUAAAUAUAUGACUGUAAUGAGGACCACAUUGGUUAUAACUGUUUUAUAAUGUUUGAGCACAAAUGUAUUGUUGUACAUUGUCUCUUUAUACCAAAAUACAAAUGAAUAAAACAGACAAGUUACUCUG